GGCAAAAUCGAGCUCGAACUGUAUAACGACCAUGCUCCGAAAACUUGUCGGAACUUCGAGGGCUUGGUUAACCGGGGUUACUACAACAGCUGUAUUGUGAGCCCAGCCGCUAUCCCUCCCCCAGUGCCAGAAAUUGAUAUCCCGAGUACAGUUCCACCGAAUAAUCCCAGAUUUCAUGAUUCAAGGAGGUGAUCCAACUGGGACAGGGCGGGGUGGUUCUUCAAUUUAUGGCGGAAAGUUUGAAGAGUGAAGUGCACCAGCGAUCUCCCUAAUUAUGCAUCCACGCCCGCUAACGAAAUCACAGUGAGAUUCACAAAGACCUUAAACACACGGGUGCCGGUAUUCUUUCCAUGGCCAAUUCAGGCAGAGAUACUAAUGGAUCCCAAUUGUGCGCUCAGAUCUUGGAUUAAUGGAUGGAGUGAAGGCUAAUCCUCGGCAGCUUCAUCACACUCGCACCUACGCCAUGGCUAGAUGGGGCGCAUACCAUAUUCGGACGUGUUUCAGCAGGAAUGAGAAUUGUGCAGAGGAUGGGAAUGGUCCAAAGGGAUAGGGAAGAUAGGCCAGUUAAAGAUGUGUCCAUUAUCAAGGCUCGCAUCAUAGAGGGAGGCGAGGAGGAGGAGGAGGAAUGA